AUCUUAUCUCUGUUUGAUUUCGGAAAAGAUACUUUUUUGAUUUUAAAAUUGAAAUUAAUUUGAAAAAGUUAUCCAUACAGAAGAAAUGACAUGGUAAAAAAACUUUAAGAGAAAUGAUUUGGAGGCGGAAGUUUUUACCUCAUGACCAAAUUGCAGACUUAUCCACACAUCAUCGUCAUCUGGCCAGGGAUCUUUUUGGGUGUUUUUCUUUUUCACUUUCAGUAUUCCACCAUGUUUCCUGCAGACUCAAAUCAGGCAAUGAUCAACGCUAGACAUGGGCAUGGAAGGAUAUCACAAACUCUUUCCGUAUCAAACGAGAAUUGUCUGCAGGAUGAUCUUAUUCGACAACUUCACAAAGCUGGUAUAUAUGAUUAUGCUCAAAGUCUGGGCAUUAUUCAGAAUGGGAUCAUUACUGUGCCAAAUAGGCAAGAUUCAGAUGAAAACUGUAAGUCGGAGCUAUGGCCAGGGACAAAAGAAUAUUCGUGGCACACCUUUAAUGGAAUACCUACCAGACAUUCACAAUUUAACAUACUUCCUUCAGUCCCAUUAGUUUCCAUGGAUAGUGGCAGCAUUGAAUCUUCAUCAAGAGAAGGCGAUGUGGUGAUGGCCACGCUUGCGUCAAACAAUGCUAUGGUCAAAUUGAACCAUCCAGAAGGGGACGAGUUUGAGUGUCCUGGUACUCCUGUAGCGAGGAGGAAAAGAAGACGGAUUCACCGAUUAACUAUUGGAGAGCAAGGUGGGAGAGGACUUCGACACUUCAGCAUGAAAGUCUGUAAGAAAGUUGAGAGCAAAGGUUGGACAACAUACAACGAGGUUGCAUCUGAAUUAGUGGCCGAGUUCAUGAAUCCAAACAGCACACUUGUUUCCCAAGAUCAGCAACAAUAUGAUGAGAAGAACAUUCGUAGGAGGGUGUAUGAUGCACUGAAUGUACUCAUGGCAAUGGACAUAAUAACCAAGGACAAAAAAGAGAUUCAAUGGAAAGGGUUACCUACUGCACAUCUGAAUGAUAUCGAACAGCUGAAGACUGAGAGAAAGCAGGUUAUAACUCGGAUUGACAAAAAAAGGGCUUAUCUACAGGAACUUGAAGAGCAGAUAACAGGCCUUCAAAAUCUAGUUCUCCGGAAUGAAAGGGUAUCUAAGUCAGGAAAUCAUACUUCUGGAGGUGUGGCACUGCCAUUUAUAUUAGUAAAGACUCAUCCUCAUGCGACUGUUGACAUUGAGAUAUCAGAAGAUAUGCAGCUAGUGCACUUUGACUUCAAUAGUAUAUUUGAGUUACAUGAUGAUGCAUGUAUGCUGAAAGCAAUGCAAUUUUGCAAAACACCAUUCACUGAUGGUUCAGUUGAUGAAAGAGCAGUAAGUGGAUCAGAAUUUAAUAACCUACACUCACCUUUAUCUAACAUGUACAAUAGUAUCUUGUCGCCUCAUUCAAAAAAGACAGAUGAUGCUGAUUCCUAUUCUUUGUCAAGUAUCCCUGGUAGAAUCUGCGAUUCCUCGCCUGUCCUGAGCAUUUGAAAGCACUCAUGAAGAAUGAGACUUCACUUAAUGGCCCAUGGGUUUGUUGCUCAGCAGCUUUGUACUACUAAGUGCUCUUUUUUAGGACUAAAUGUUCAAGUUGAAUCUUUAGGCAUUCUUUCUUUUCAUUUUUUCAUUGUAAGUUAUAUAGGCUUUUCAGCAUGUGGUCUGGCCUCCACCGGGAAGAGUAAUAUAUCUAGCUGAGUGUGUUAGAAUAGUGUAUAUUAUUGUGAAAAAUAAAGACGAAUUGGGUUUCUUCAUACAUCAAACAGGGCUAUUCUGCAGUACUUCUUUAGCAGGCUUGUUUUAAUCCAUCGAUGAUUUUAAAUGUAAAAAAACAAUGGAACAAGCAUAUCCCAUUUAUAAAUAUAUUGGAGGAUCAAAGUGUCUA